GAUCACCUCACUGUCAGACGCGCGCUGCACACGACGCUCGAACGGCGGGAAAACACGGCCCGUUUUUCACCACGCGAACUUCCGCGAGUCGAAUUCGAAUUUCGAACGCAAGUUUGUUAUAUUGUGAAGUGUUUCGUGGGAUGUUUGUGUUAGUAGUGUUUUAAGUUUCUGUUCUGAAAGCUUUAGAUCGUUGUCCAUCAAUCAAGCUCCACUCUAAGAGGACAAUUGAACGGACUGCGAACAUCUUCAGCACUUAACAUGUCCAACUAGACUAUUCAGUAAACAUCAAAGUAUGACAGUCUACGUGUAAUUUUGAGACCAGAGAGACAUAAUAAUCUGUUAUCAAUGAAUGACCUAAAUUAUAACGCUGGGAUGAGUUCCUAUCAAUUCGUCAAUUCCUUAGCCUCGUGCUAUGGAAACCAAGCACCUGGACGCACAGGAACACCAGUCGAACAGACUGGGCAUCCUGGUCUGCCCACGCCAGGGGCUGAUUACUAUAACCCAAACGCAGCAGCAAGUGCAUACCCAAAUGCGUGCUAUUCGCCGCCACAAGUCGGUCACCAUUACCCUCAGCAUCCUUACGCAACACCAGCUACAGGAGCACACAUGCAACCUCAAUCAAUGAUAGAUUACACACAGUUACACCCACAAAGACUGGGCAGCACAGCAAGUCAUAUGCACCAACAUUCAAACCCAAGCCCUGGGGCACUAUCGCCCAAUCUUUUGUCAGCGGCUAGUCAAGCUGCUAAUGCUAGUUGUAAAUUCGCUGAUUCAACUUCUACGACAGGCGUAGCAUCGCCCCAGGAUUUAUCAACGUCAUCAGGGCCUGGGAGGACAUCUCCUGGCUUCGGUGUUGGUCAGAACACUGGCAACACUAGCACCAAACUAGGAUUGUCCACACCAAUUGCAUCGCCAGUUGAGCAUAAGGCCAAUGUGAAUCAGAAUAUCUCGAGUCCAGCGUCCAGCACUUCGAGUAUUGACAGCAAUGAUGCCAACACCUCAAGUUCCAGUAACACGAAAAAUGCAAAGUCAUCGGGAAGUUCUCAAGCUAACCCUCCACAAAUAUACCCGUGGAUGAAGCGAGUUCACCUAGGUCAAAGUACCGUGAACGCGAACGGAGAGACAAAGCGACAGAGAACGUCCUACACGCGAUACCAAACGCUUGAAUUGGAAAAGGAGUUUCACUUCAACCGGUACCUGACGAGGAGACGACGGAUCGAGAUCGCCCACGCCCUCUGUCUCACCGAGAGGCAGAUCAAGAUCUGGUUCCAGAACCGGCGCAUGAAGUGGAAGAAGGAACACAAGAUGGCGUCAAUGAAUAUCGUUCCUUACCAUAUGAACCCGUAUGGCCACCCCUACCAGUUCGACCUUCACCCUAGCCAAUUUGCCCAUCUAUCCGCAUAGGAUCAGUGGAAUUUUUCGAAUAGUGGAUAACUGAUUUACUAGAUAUGCAGUCGGCCGUGUCAACGGAGUUGCAUGUAGUAUUGUCAGGACAGAUACUACAGCAAUUAGACUGAAUCAGAUAUUCGCUGCUCGAAAAAUUUCUAAGUGUCAGUGACUAUGGACAAGUGAUAAAUGAAGUCGUCAGUUCAAAUAUAACGCCUAGUGAGUCUAUGCGAGGAAUUUCAAAAAUUUAAGUCGUGAAAAGUGCAGCAAUUGCAAAGUGUGCAACGUUUUAAAAUUACCCACACUAGUAAAAUCUAACUAAGUUAACUAGUCAGAAAUGAUUGCUCGAUCUGCAUAAUGUUAUACGUAAGAAAUGUUACAGAUAAUUAGAAAUACUAUACUGUGUAUAUGAUGGCUAUGUCUAUAUUGUAAGUAGAGUUAUAUGCAAAUAAUUUCAAUACUAAUUCAAUUUAAUAGGCGAAUGUAGAUAAGCCAUCGCUUUUCCAACAAAUUCGGAAUUGUACAGGGAAAUCGAAAAAUGGAAAUCUCAAAAAUUGUUUUAUUAGGUUUAUGCGAAUAGUUGCGAAUUUUGAAAAAGCUAUUGACUUUCUAAGCUCAGAUUACUUGUGAAUAUCUAGAUUAAUUUCUACUGUAAAUAACAUAUUAUGUAGGUAUUUUGGAAAUUUAAUAUAUUCAAUGUAGUACCUACUUUUAAAGAACUAUUUUAUGUUCCUGUCUCUAGUGUAAAUAACAAAUAAUUUUAAGGUCUUAAUACAAAUAGUUUUACGUCAUUACUUAGUUAUACGUAAUAGAUAAAUUAAUGUAAAGUAAAAGUCUCAACCAACGAUAAUAUAAUUACCUAAUUUCUUCACAUCUAGAAUGUAAGGGUUUCUAUAGAGACAAUAUAUAUAGCGUUACAAUCUAGUAAUUGGUUAUUACGUAUUAAUUGGCUAUAAUAUUGUUACAAAAUUUCAAUACAUUGUUCUUUUCCAUACAUGGUCUAUUGAUAUCGGCGCGUAACUUGCGUUAGCGCAAUAUUUCAAACUCUAACCAAUUGGUAAUAU